AUGGGUCGAUCAGACGACAACAUUUCCGAUGGAAAGCCACAUCCUACAAUGCACGUUCCAGCAGCCCAGCUUGGCAGUCUCACACUUCCAGCGGGGUAUCCUCAACAUCAGAACAUUUCACCUUUGCUGUCUGACCAGUUGAGAAGGGACACGACAUCGCGUUCUCGUGAAAACGUCCCUUCCGGUUUUCUCCUGCAUUAUUAUGCACAGUCACAGCCUAGAGAUGUUUUUACACAUUCUGGCGCCAUCGGUGGUUCAAGUGCAUACCGCUCUGCAGAAGUCGGUUCAGCUGCUCAUGUUCCAUAUGGUAUUUCAAAUAGAGAUUCUCUUGAAGUGUCUAUGCAUUCACUGCAGGACACAUCAAUGCAGUCUUCGGCAAUGGUUGUACCAUCGCACACAAUCAAUUUCCCUGCUCAGAGCUACGAAGGCAAUACCAUCCAUUCCCCUCGGCUACAUCACGCAACUCCGCCUUCCGACGUUGACGCAAGCACAAGGAGCUUCGCAAAUAAUUGCUACAUGUCGGAUGCCGGUCCGCCUGCUCAUGCACAUGUUUCAGGUGGAAUUCCGGAUAGAAAUUAUUUCUUUGCAAAUCCUGUACCAUUACGGCGGGACACAGUAUCGCAGCCGUUCAGUGGCACUGCAUCAUACGAAAGCAAGGCCCUUGCUCCGAGAGACGAAGGCGACAUUAGACACGUCUCAGAAUCGCUUACCACAUCCUUCUAUGGUCCAGUGUACCGUCGCUCAGACCAUUCCCGUUAUGGUAUGGCACCCUCUCACCCUCCACCGCAGUCAUCAUCGUCAAUUCCAGCACCCAGGACAGAGACACUUCUUCCUAGUGCACAUCAACCGAAUCUCUUCGUGCAGCACACUGACCGAGUCGUGCCAUUUCGUAGGCAUGAUACUCAGCGGUCAGCUUCUCCUCAAGUUUACCACAUCGAUGGCUGCUUUAUAGAUGAGGAUGACCUUCCAGACCAAGGAACGAACAACGACAUCAUAAUCGUCGGCGAAUGUCUUCGCAGUGACUCACCGUGCGGCCUUUGGGUGAAAGCCGACAAGGGUUCAAUCAAGCGCCAUGCGCAGAAAUGGCAUGGGGUUGCUCGUGGGGGUGACACCAACACGGUCUUGUGUACAUGGGCCGAGUGCAAAGCCGAGAUGCAGAAGGGUGCUGUGCCACGACAUACUCUGUGCAAACACUUCUGCGAAACAUUUCAGUGCAACGGGUGUUUGAAAAAGUUCACUCGAGACCACUGUUGGAGAUCUCAUGUUGCGAAGUGUACGUCAAGUGGCACUGGUCAUGGAAACCGUGUGUCGUAUGACCCUAGCGUUCGUACCAUCGAUGUGAAAGGCAUGUCUCAGACAGGUCGGUAA